CUCAUUCAUGCAUUCUAGGCUCUGCUGCUUCAAAUUCGUCAAUUGAUGAAUAUUCGCCACCAGAUUCGAUUGAUGUGUGGGCAUCUUCCCUCAAAUUCUCUCUAGGAAGGAGCUGAUGGAGAGUCAUUCGCCAGACCGGAAAUGACGGGCCAUCUAGAUUUCAAUCCAAAUGAAACACCUCCACAAGAGCUCAAGGAUGUGUUCAAGUCAUGGAAGGGCCAAUUGACGCCAGAACGAGACCGACAUCUCAAUGAAAAUGUUGUUAACAUGCCACACUUGGACGGCAUUCCGCAUCAUCGCUUGGCUGAAAUCUUCGACCGGUUUUCUGUGUCCGAUGUUGCAAACAAGCCAGAUAUCACAGAGCAAGUAGCUUUGGACUCGUCUAUCUCCGUCUAUAAUUCCCAGUAUAUUCCAGGCCUUCUGAUAUUGCCUUCUCUGCUGCCUCCAACAACACAAAAGACGCUGCUUUCACAUUUGCUGCAUCGUGAUCUUUCAACCCCGAAUCACAAGACAAACCUCCACCUUCAUUAUGACGUCAAUUAUCCUGAUCGGCAAGCUUCUUUCUUCUCCAUUGACCCAAGUACUAUUACAUUCCAGCCAAAGGACCCAGUAAUACACCCACCUCUAACCGCCAAAGCUGUUCUGGAGAAGAAGUUGCGUUGGACAACCCUAGGCGGGCAAUAUGACUGGACCAACAAAGUCUAUCCAGCUGAGGAACCACCAAAAUUUCCUUCAGAUAUCGCUGGACUUCUUCGUGGCCUCUUCCCCGACAUGGAGCCAGAGGCAGCAAUCGUCAAUCUAUAUUCUCCAGGAGACACCUUGAGCUUGCACCGCGAUGUCAGUGAAGAGGUCGAUCGAGGUCUGGUUAGCGUCAGCCUAGGCUGCGACGCUAUCUUUAUCAUCGGCCUUCAAGAUAAGACUUCUGGAGCUACUCAAUACGAAGUAUUGCGCUUGAAAUCCGGCGAUGCAGUCUUUAUGAGCGGACAAUCGCGGUUUGCUUGGCAUGGCGUUCCCAAGAUCAUUCCAGGAACUUGUCCCGAUUAUCUAUCAGAUUGGCCAGGAAAGGAGUUCCCAGAAUGGAAGAACUGGAUGAGCAACAAGAGGAUCAACCUCAACGUCCGUCAAAUGCGAGAGUAGAUAUAUUGCUUGGCCAAUUCCUCGCCUUCCCUUGAAGAUCUGUUUUGGCAGCAACCCACUUUUGACAACGGGACACCGUCGGCAGAAUUCCGCAUCCCUUCCCUGUCAAUUACCCCUCCACGAUA